ACAUGUAUACGGUCUGAUGCAAGUGAUGAACGUUUGCUGGACGAAAAAUAAACAUCCUGUAAAGUUAUUUUGUCCGUGAUUAUUAAAAAUUAGCAAACAUUUUUGAGACAAUGUCGAGGGCAGGCACUAGAUUAGACUCUAAAAAAGUUAACUCGGAGCUCUUCACACUUACAUAUGGAGCACUAGUAGCUCAGCUGUUGAAAGACUAUGAAAAUGUUGAUGAUGUCAACAAGCAAUUGGAACGAAUGGGUUACAACAUGGGCAUUCGCCUAAUAGAGGACUUUUUAGCACGAACGGGAUCUGGAAGGUGUUAUGAUUUCAAAGACACAGCUGACAAAAUUCAGACAGGAUUCAAACUGUUUUUGGGCAUUGCCCCAACAAUAACAAAUUGGAGUGUAACAGGUGAUGAGUUUUCUCUGUGCUUUGAAUCAAACCCUAUUACCGAAUUUGUAGAAUUGCCAGAUCACUGCCUCAAUCUUAAGUACUGUAAUAUAUUGCCUGGAGUUGUAAGAGGUGCUUGCGAGAUGGUUCAGAUGGAGGUUGCAUCAUGGUUUGUGCAAGACCAGCUGAAAAAUGAUAGUGUUACAGAGUUGAGGGUGAAAUUCAUCAAGAGAUUAGAGGAUGCUAUUCCUGCUGGUGAAGAUUAAUUUUUAUUUAUUUAAACUUUUCAUGUAUAAUAAUACACAAGUCGGUUAUUGUUGUAAAUUUUUGUUAUUUUUGCUCAAAUUAUAUACAAAACAAUAUACAGUUUAUAGCCAAACUUACUCUCUGUGUAAUGAGUAUCAUUUUCAUGAAUCUUAUUCUUCUAAUAAUUUUAUA